UCGGAUUCUAUGAUUACUUCUCCUGCACGGCAGUCCUUUCUCGGUCGUCGCGCCUCCUCGGUCGUCACGGUGCUCAUGCAAAUAAAUCGCGGGCCGACCCCCUCCCCACCCGCGGCUCCACGGGCUACUGUCUCCUGGGGAAUCGCGUCCGUCGAGUGCCGGGGGGCCGAACACCACCGUCACGUCGCGGUGCACGGUUUUCAACCCCGAGCGGGCACAGGGAACCGGCAGUAUAGCUCGGCACGCGAAACCGUGAGCUCGUUCGCCGGAAAAUCUCGACCGGUUUCACGCUUAGACCAAACGCGUGCGUCGCUAGACAGGUCCGCAGAGCCAACGACACAUUUGUUGUUCGACGGUGAAUCGGUUUACCAUCGAUGAUCGUUGAGAACGGAUCAGCUUUCAGCUGCUAAAUCAGAGGAAGACAACGAUGAUGAAAAUGGAACUGCAAUGGAAGAUACUGUUGUUGCUGGCUUCCUGCUUAGCACUGGCAAGCGGAGAGGCGCCGCAUCACGAAACGAUGCUGGAGACCCUGCCCCUGUACACCGUGAUCAGCAACAACGACCUGCUGAACGAGACUCAGUGCAAAACGGAAAUGCAGACUUUGCUCGAAGCUGUGGAUACCAAGAAACUGUGGGGCAUAAGAAUGUUGGACGUUAGCGGCCAACCCGGCCCCGGGUUCACCGUCGGAAACAACUUUUGGUCGGGUAGCCGUGUAGGUUGUACCUACAUCAACGAGAAAAGGGAAAUGCCGCUGUCGAUGAGAGCGCUCCGGAACGCGUCGCAGUACCGCGACCCGAAAUACGAGUACCCGCCGUACCAGGUGCAAUACUACGUCGCACGGUUCAUUCAUAACAGCACGCAGCAGUAUCACAUGAGUGUGAAGGGUGAGGACCGAGUAAUAUUGGGACUUUGCCUGCCAUCGUCUUGUACGGAGAACGAGAUCAGCGUAAUCAUGGAGAAAAUCUUCCACGAUAGAACUCUGUUAAGCAACUAUCUCUAUUCGGCGGACUAUAAGUUGUACGCCGUCUCCAAUCUGACGGACGACUAUAAGUGGCUGCUGGACGGGCCGAAGAUUAUAAUCUUGCUGAUAUUGUUCAUAACGGUCAACCUGACGCUGAUCGGCACGGUGUACGACGUGAUGAUCUUCCAAAGGCGGUUUAAGAAGAAGAGAGACUUCCUCGCAUUCGAGAACAACAACACUGCCGAAAUGAAGAACGAUGUGGAAGCAAAGCACGAGCCUGAUCCAGAAACAACCCCGUUGGAGUCUUACAAGCCGAAAACUGCCACACAAAAAGUGCUACUAUGCUUUUCCGCGUAUACGAACGCCAAAUCGAUUUUCAAUUUCGAUAGUGGAGCGGAGACAGUGAGCGCGAUUCAUGGUAUGAAGUUCCUCAGCAUGGCGUGGAUCAUCGUUGGGCACAGCGCGUACUACAGCAACAAUUACAUAGCCAACGUGGCGUUGGGCAUCGCCUUUACGAACGCGAGUCUGGUCCAGAUAAUCAGCAACGCGACUUACUCCGUGGACACGUUCUUCUGCGUGAGCGGCUUCCUGUUAGGCUACUUGUACUUCAAACUGACGCGAAAGGAGAAGAAGCCGGUGUUCAAUAUGAGGCUGUGCGUCAAAACUAUAAUCUUGCCGAUCAUCAACCGAUACAUCAGACUCACGCCUGCAUACCUGAUCGUGAUACUGCUCGCGAUACUGAACUUCACCUGGUACGACAAAGUCGCGAUGCACACGGAUCAUGAGAAUCCGAGCUACUACUGUUCGAAGUAUUGGUGGAGAAAUCUGCUCUACAUCAACAACCUCUUCGAGUGGGAAGAAUUGUGCCUCAGUUGGAGCUGGUACGUGUCCAACGACAUGCAGUUCUUCCUGUUCGGCACCAUUCUACUGUUGCUGUUCACCUGGUGGGCUUACGUCGCCAUUGGCGUGGCUUGUAUCUCGCUGUUGUUGACAUUUAUAAUAACCGGUUACACAGUGUACACCAACGAGUACGUUCCCGCGAUAGACGACGCGCACAGGACACUAUCAUUCCUAUACAUGCGACCGUGGAUAAGAUCCGGGCCAUACUUGAUAGGAUUAGGUACGGCGGUCCUCCUUGAAAAAUGGAACUACAAUUUAAAUUUAUCGACGAAAGCCAAGAUGGUUGGAUGGGCGUUCGGUAUCCUGUGCAACGGCUCGAUUUUGUUCGGUGUCGUGGAUAAAAACUUAACACCGGAAUUUAGUAUUCUUUACACCUCCUUAACCAGAACGUGUUGGGGUUUAGGCAUAUCGUGGGUAAUACUCGCGUGUUCCACGAACAACGGAGGUAUCGUGAACAAAAUCUUAUCGUUCCCAAUUUGGAUACCCUUGAGCAGGCUAACUUUGGGCGCUUAUCUCUUAAACCCGUUCCUCAUUCAUUCGCUCAACUUGUUCAACAAUUAUCCGCACUUCUUUGAAAUCUUAAAUACAGGUUGCCUGGCACUGGGAAUGUUGGUGGUUACUUACAUUUGCAGUAUUGGACUCUCGUUGGUCGCGGAAGCGCCGGCGAUACGACUUCUACGGCUAGUGUUCAACCGGCGCAAAGAAAUGAAAUGAAAGUCGCUGCGUUUCCUAGAUUCCAUGUUGCGCAGAAAUGAGAACAAACCUAUAGAGUCAAUUGUGCAAUACUUCGUGAACAUUUC